AUGGUCCUUCGGGAGGGAGGUGCUGCUGAGGGGAACAGCGCAGUUGCGACAGCAGUAAACAGAGUAUUCUCAACCAAGCUUGAUGGGACAUCCCGCCUCUCCCGCUUUGAACGAUCCAGGUUUGAGGCAGUGUCUGUCAGGAUGGCGCAGUGGAACCAGUUACAGCAGCUGGAGACCAGAUAUCUGGAGCAACUCUACCACCUCUACAGCGACAGCUUUCCUAUGGAGCUACGGCAGUUCCUCGCCCCUUGGAUUGAGAGUCAGGACUGGGCCUACGCUGCCAACAAGGAGUCCCACGCUACCUUGGUGUUCCACAACCUUUUGGGUGAAAUAGACCAGCAGUACAGCCGUUUCCUGCAGGAGAACAACGUGCUCUACCAGCACAACCUGCGCAGGAUUAAACAGCAUCUGCAGAGCAAAUACCUGGAAAAGCCCAUGGAUAUCGCCCGCAUUGUGGCCCGCUGCUUGUGGGAGGAGCAAAGGCUACUCCAGACUGCCACCACUGCUUCACAGGACGGCCAGGCAGCCCACCCCACUGGGACGGUGGUCACAGAGAAGCAGCAAAUCCUGGAGCACAACCUUCAAGACAUCAGGAAGCGAGUGCAGGAUAUGGAGCAGAAGAUGAAGAUGCUCGAAAACCUGCAGGAUGACUUUGACUUUAAUUACAAAACCUUGAAGAGCCAAGGGGAGUUAUCCCAGGACCUGAACGGAAACAGCCAGGCAGCUGCCACGAGACAGAAGAUGGCUCAGCUCGAGCAGAUGCUCACCGCGCUCGACCAGCUCAGGAGGCAAAUUGUGACAGAGAUGGGGGGCUUGCUGACUGCCAUGGAUUAUGUACAGAAGAAUCUGACAGAUGAAGAGCUGGCAGACUGGAAGAGAAGACAGCAGAUCGCCUGUAUCGGCGGCCCACCAAACAUCUGUCUCGAUCGCCUUGAAACAUGGAUUACGUCCUUGGCCGAGUCCCAGCUCCAGAUCCGUCAGCAGAUCAAAAAGCUGGAGGAGCUUCAGCAGAAGGUUUCCUACAAAGGAGACCCCAUCAUUCAGCACCGGCCCGCUCUGGAGGAGAAAAUAGUCGAUCUGUUCAGAAAUCUCAUGAAGAGUGCAUUUGUGGUUGAGAGACAGCCGUGCAUGCCCAUGCAUCCAGACAGACCUCUGGUCAUAAAAACAGGAGUGCAGUUCACAAAUAAAGUCAGGUUACUGGUUAAGUUCCCUGAGCUCAAUUAUCAGCUGAAAAUCAAAGUUUGCAUUGACAAGGAAUCAGGCGACGUGGCUGCAAUACGCGGGUCUCGAAAGUUUAACAUCCUCGGCACUAACACAAAAGUUAUGAACAUGGAGGAGUCCAACAAUGGGAGCCUGUCAGCAGAGUUUAAACACUUGACCUUGAGAGAACAGAGGUGUGGUAAUGGUGGGCGCACCAAUAGUGAUGCCUCUCUGAUUGUUACAGAGGAGCUCCAUCUCAUCACUUUUGAAACGGAAGUCUAUCACCAAGGCCUGAAGAUAGAUCUGGAGACUCAUUCCCUGCCUGUGGUGGUCAUUUCAAACAUCUGCCAGAUGCCCAACGCCUGGGCUUCCAUCCUGUGGUACAACAUGCUCACCAACCACCCAAAGAAUGUGAACUUUUUCACCAAACCCCCGGUGGGCACGUGGGACCAGGUGGCCGAGGUGUUGAGCUGGCAGUUCUCCUCAACCACCAAAAGAGGCCUCACCAUCGAGCAGCUCACCACACUGGCUGAAAAACUACUUGGGCCUUGUGUCAACUACUCGGGGUGUCAAAUCACAUGGGCAAAGUUCUGUAAGGAAAACAUGGCUGGGAAAGGCUUCUCCUUCUGGGUGUGGUUGGAUAAUAUUAUUGACCUGGUGAAGAAGUAUAUCCUCGCUCUGUGGAAUGAAGGGUAUAUAAUGGGCUUCAUCAGUAAAGAGAGGGAAAGAGCCAUUCUGAGCCCAAAACCUCCCGGCACGUUUCUUCUGCGCUUCAGCGAGAGCAGCAAGGAGGGGGGCAUUACGUUUACUUGGGUGGAGAAAGACAUCAAUGGAAAGACCCAGAUUCAGUCAGUGGAGCCGUACACGAAGCAGCAGCUCAACAGCAUGUCUUUUGCCGACAUCAUCAUGGGCUACAAGAUCAUGGAUGCCACCAACAUCUUGGUUUCGCCGCUCGUUCACCUGUUUCCUGAGAUCCCCAAAGAGGAAGCCUUCGGGAAAUACUGCAGGCCAGAAGCAGCUCACGAGCCCGAGGCAGGAGGAGAUUCCACAAGCACGAUCCAGCCAUACUUGAAGACAAAGUUCAUCUGUGUCACCCCGUGUCCCUCCGUGUUCAUGGACUUGGCGGACAGUGAGCUGCUUGGGAACGGAUUCCCAGGCACAAACUCGGGAAACACCAGUGACCUGUUCCCAAUGUCGCCUCGCACCCUCGACUCGCUGAUGCACAAUGAAGCUGAGACUAAUCCAGGACAUUUGGAAUCAAUCACCGUGGAUAUGGAUUUAGCAUCACCCAUGUGAAAGUAAACCUCCUCAGUUUCAGUCUUUUCGUCAGGAUCUGACAUGGGGAUGGAAUGAUGAUUUGUUUUUCCAUCUGUACUUGCAGUAUGUCUGUCUAAAGUCUUUGAAAAAUGUUGUCUUGACGAUGAUCUUAUGUUGAUUUGGACUAUAGUCCCAGGUUUCAUCUAAAUCUCUCCUUUAUGUUUUUAAGUAUCUUAAAACAUUUAUGCAAAGGAAUUGUAUUUUUGAGAACAGUUUAUUUGUGUUUUCUUAACUUUUUAAAUGUUUAUUAACUAUUGUUUUCUUUUCUUUGAAUAAGAAAAUGCAGUUAGAUAAAUCAUUGUAUAAGCUAUGUGCUGCUUUGUAAUAGUUCUGGUUUUGGAUGUAUUUUUUUCCCCACCGUGUUGAUGCCAAAUGUGUAAUCACUGUAAGUGUGGUUCCUUCUUAACUUGGUUUAAAAUGGUUUCUGUUUCAUGACAGUUUUUACAAAAAAUAGAAUAUAUAUUAUAUUUACGGGAGCAAGUGAGAAUGUUAUUACAGUGGAAAGAGAUAAAAAAUCAAGUCAUUUAUUGCUAUCGUGAGGUUUUGUUCCUCUAAACUUCCUUUUUCUUUUCAUCCAGUGUGAAUUAUGUCAUAGUUAGUGUACAUGCGGGGCAAUUUUCUCAUACUCACUUAAAUUCUGUAUCUCAUUAUAAUUGGAGUUGCUUUUGAAAUGUUUUGUUUUUCCUGAUUUCACCUGAUAUGAUGAGAUGUUAAAUGUAUAAAUGUAUUUCAUUAUCAAUUUGUUUCUGGGUGCACAUACAGGAUGUGUGUUGUAUUUUUUUUAAAUCUGAUUAAUCCAAUUAGGAGACCGUCAGUUAAAUGCAGUGCCUGCCACAUCUUUCUUUAUUAAAACUUGAAGAUGCUCAUUUUCUGCCACUUCAGUGUUCAUCACCGGUGACACUGCAUGUUUUUCAUCCCCUCUGUUGGCCAUGUUUUACUCUGAUCACAGGUUUAUGAUUCAAAUGCAGAAAUAUUUUCAAAUCCUGGCUUUUCCUGAACAAUGGCACACUGAUUAACCUCCCUGUGAAAAUAGCAUAUUACUUCAAGUGUAAAUAAAUUAUUGUAAUUGAUCACUUUUGUCAACAUGUUUUGGUUAUUUAUAAAAGGAAUCGUCUCGGUAUGGCGAUGAGAUUGUGAUUCGAAACAUGUUUUUAGCUACUUUUUCCUGUAAGCAUGUGAAAAUCACAGAAACGGAGGUGCUCAAUGGAAAAUGUACCCAAACAUCCAUUUUUUGGGUCGCGUUGGGAAGUAAUAUAAGAUUUAUCCACAUAUGAGGUGCAUGUUGUGUGUAGGAAUCUUAUCCUUUUUAUAAUUUGGAAUGUAAAAGAUCAUAGAUGACAUGGAGUGAAAAAAUCUGGGCCUUUCAGACUAUAGCUAAUGUAAAACCCAGAGAGAUAUUUUGACUUGUACCCACUGUCUCUGAACAUGAGCCACUCAGUGAGCCAAUCAGACCUCACCUAUCCUCCUCCUUUCGUGCUGAAUAGCCUCAACCUUCAAAUUGAAACUUUUGUUCAGGGUUCUUGUUUUUUAUUGACUUCAUAGUUCUCUUAUGAACUAACAAUGAAAUAAAUGACAGAAUAAUGUGCGAGCAGUACUCAUUUCAUUUUGUUUCCAAGCAAUGAAAUCUCUCCCCUAAAUGACAGCAACAGGCAAAGACCAGGAACCUGGAAAGAGAAAUUUGCACCUGCACACAGAUCACUCUCAGGGUAUUAAUUCUAAAAAGAGAUCAAAGGAUUAUUAACAAGGAGUGAAUUAAUGUGACAUAAAUUAUAUGAAGGUACAGUACAGAGAGCGUGGUACAUGGCAUGUACACAUAUAUCUUUUUACAUUCCUUUCACUCUCAAAUGAAAGCAAAGUGUGUUUAGAAUAAACUGUUGCGGCACAGAAAAAAUGUUUCUUGUAUAAACAAAUAAAAAGGUGUCAAACAAACCCUCUGUGAACAGAGGUCAAUGACGAGGUUUCUCUCCAUGAAACUCCGAUUUCAUUUUGGAGAUCCCACACACGACAGCCCAGACCAAUGAUGCCUUUU